CCAACAUAUCCGAGUAGAAGAAGAAGAAGGCUUCCCCUCGUGGGCUCUUUAAAAACAAGUCCAUGGUAAACUAGUGGAAUCUCUAUCACUGACAGUCAUGACUGCUGUCGGUUUCUCUAAAGAGUGGAUCAUUUUCACAUUUGACAAGAAGCUCGUAGCAAUUCACACCAAAGAAGCCAGGGAACCAUUUGUGUUCGACUGCAGCACUGCAGAGAAGAAGCCCAGUAAUAAGAAUGACAACCCCAGUGAUGGUGGUGCCACAGAGGAAACGGGAAGUGACAAAGUCCUCGCCUUUGCCACAUCUCCAUCUGGUAAACUGGCAGCUCUGACUGAUGACACCAAGAGACUGGUUCUGUUUCACUGCUCCCCAUCGUGGCGUUGCAUCAGCAUCAGGUCUGUGGUGAGGAGAUGUACAUCCCUGGUGUUCAGCCAGGCUGAGGAUGAGCUGCUGGUGGCUGACAAAUCAGGAGAUGUCUAUUCCUUCUCGGUGGUGGAUGUGGAGCGAGAGGGCGAGCUGAAGAUGGGCCACCUGUCCAUGUUGCUAGCUAUGACCAUGUCGCCAGAUGACAAGUUCAUCCUCACGGCAGAUCGGGAUGAGAAGAUCAGAGUGAGCCACCUCAAAUCUCCGUACAACAUUCAGUCCUUCUGCCUGGGCCAUCAAGAGUUUGUGAGUGCUUUGCACAUCCCAUCAGGCCUUCCACACUGUCUGCUGUCUGGAUCAGGGGACGGCACCAUGAAGCUUUGGGAAUACGAGUCCGGCCGUAAGCUGCAGAGCUUGGACCUCAGUGACGUCGAAGUGGCACCAAGCUCUAAGGGUGAUAAAGACAAGAAUCCAACAGUUUGCCGAAUCACCAGCUCCCCUGACGGUUGCCUUGUAGCUGUGCAGUGCGAAAGAGUUUCCACAGUUCAGUUUUUCAGUCUGGACCAAGAGAGUGAAAAGAAGUAUGCGCCACACAGCAGGCUCUCCCUGCCCCACUGUCCCCUGGACAUGACCUUUGACCCUGAAGGACGGCUCUGGGUGCUGAUGGACUUAAAGGAUGCACCGCUUCAAAUCUACACUCGUAGACAGAGCUCCUGGGAGUGUGAUGCUGAGGACCCUGAACUCACCAGAGUCACUGAAGCUUUGAGGCCACACUGGGAGACACUUGAGAACUCCACAAGGACCAAUAACCGCUUUGAGCACUUGCACAAGGUGAACUUCGACAACGUUACGCCGUACCUGCAAAAGAAGCAUCAGAGACUGGAGGAGCAGCAGCUGAAGAGGACGAUGGCUCAGAAGACAAACGGCAACAAGAAGUCCAAGAGGGAAACGUCAUCGUCUUAGACUGAACCGUCUGCUUGAUCGGACAUUUGAAAAAAAAUUAGUCUUUAUGUUUUAUGCUCUGAGUCUACGCGUCCAGCCACGUGACCUGUUUUAUGUUUGGUUCAAAUAUCAGGCCUUUUUUUUUUUUUUUUUUUUUUUUU